CCUCCAUGGGGCUGGGGGUGGGGAAGGGAUGGCUGGAAGGGACUGUGGGAAGCAGAAAUGAAUUAGCGGGGCAGAGAUUGCCUGACCAGUCCUUUCAAGAUACACCCCUGUCCCCGGCCACAGCCGUGAGGCCCACCAUUAGAGCUGUGGGGAGGUGCCCUCCCAGAUGAGGUGCCCUAGGGGGCCUGGUCCUGAGCCACCCCUGUGAGGUUAGGCCAGGGUGGGUCUCUGCUGAGAGUGCCCUCCAGGACUCCCCACCCCCCCAGGGCGGGGACUGUGCAGUAUUGGGGGCUGGGGGUCUCUCACCUGCCAACUUCUGGCCCAACCCCUCCCGGGCCAGAAUGGGAGAGCUUUGAAGUUGUGGUCUCAGGGGUGAAGCCAGAACAGGGCAUGGGGACCCGGCUGUCACCCACCUUGCCCACCCGCUGCCUCAGGUGAGCUCAGGUGCAGGGACCUCAGGCUGAGGCCUCACUUCCAGGGACCAGUGGCCCCGCCCUGUCCCCCCCCCCCCCCCGCCUUGAGGCGGGCUCUUGGGGUGGGGGGCGGGCCCUGCGGGCACCAGGCUGGGCCCCAACCACAGCGGGCAGGCGGAGCGGGGAACCCCCGGUUGGAGGGCCCAGCGUGGCGCCCAGGGCCAUGGAGCUGCGGCCGGGGCCAUGUGCGGUGGUGGUAGCUGUGGCCCUCCUCCUCCUGCUGCCCGGUGCCCGGGGCCAGGGCAGCACUCCCAGCGCCCACUGUGACUGUGUCCCCAACCAGAAGAGGAACGGUCUGGUCUGUUGCAGGGGCUGUCCAGCCGGUCACUACCUGAAGGCGCCCUGCACAAAGCCUUGCGGUGCUGCCACCUGCCUCCCGUGCCCCCAGGGCACCUUCCUGGCCUGGGAGAACCACCACGAGACCCGCUGUGCCCGCUGCCAGGCCUGUGAUGAGCAGGCCCCCCAGGUGGUCCUGAAGAACUGCUCGGCGGUGGCGGACACCCACUGCGGCUGUAGGCCAGGCUGGUUCAUGGAGUGCGUUGUCAGCCAGUGUCUCCUUGGCUCCCCCUUUCGCUGCCGCCAGUGCACAGACUGUGGGGCCCUGCACCGCCACACCCAGGAACCCUGUUCCAGCAAAGACGCCCACUGUGGGGCCUGCCUGCCUGGCUUCUACGAACAUGGCAACAGCUGCGUGUCCUGUCCCACGAGCACCCUUGGGAGCUGUCCUGAGCCCUGUGUGGCUGUCUGUGGCUGGAGGCACACUGCUCUUUCAGUGUUCUGGGUCCAGGUGCUCCUGGCAGGCCUGGUGGCCCCACUCCUACUUGGCGCCACCCUGACCUACACAUACCGCCGCUGCCAGCCUUGCAAGGCCAUGGUUCCCGGUAGGUGCACAGGUGAGGCUGGAGUGGAGGCCCUGACCCCCCUACAGGCCACGCAGCUCUCACCCCCAAACAGCACCCACACCCCUCUGGUGGCAGCCGGCAGUAGUGAGAAGGUCUGCACUGUCCAGCUGGUGGGCAGCAGCUGGUCCCCCGGCUCUCUCCAGACCCAGGAGCUGCCCAGCCCGGAAGUGACAUGGCCCUGGGACCAGCUGCCCAGCAGAGCUCUUGGCCCGCCGUCCCCGCCCUCACCAGCGCCCCCCGCAGGCUCGGCGGCCUCCACGCUCCAGCCCGGCCCGCAGCUCUACGACGUGAUGGACGCGGUGCCAGCGAGGCGCUGGAAGGAGUUCGUGCGGACGUUGGGGCUCCGCGAGGCGGAGAUCGAGGCGGUGGAGGUGGAGGUCGGCCGCUUCCGCGACCAACAGUACGAGAUGCUCAAGCGCUGGCGCCAGCAGCAGCCCGCCGGCCUGGCCGCCGUCUAUGCGGCCCUGGAACGCAUGGGGCUGGAUGGCUGCGCCGAGGACCUGCGGAGCCGCCUGCAGCGUGGCCCGUGACGCUGGGGCCCACCCGCUAGCUCGGGGCUCUGGUAGCCCUUGCAGAAGCCCUAAGUACGGUUACUUAUGCGUGUAGACAUUUAAUGUCACUUAUUAAAACCCCUGGCACGGCCCUGCGUAGCAGCGCCAGCCAGCCUCACCCCUGCGCGCCCCCAGGGUUCCAGCUAAGGCGAGGAAGCAUCAGCGUUGAGGCUCGGGAGGGCGUCGAGAUUGCUCAGCUGUUUCUCCGCCCGAUUUUGGCCGAGGCCUUGGUAUUAAAUCUACGAAGAAAA